AUGGGGGGCAAUAGAAGAGCAACGCCAGAAGGAUCCAGUGACCUGAAAUUCCAGAACUUCACUCUGCCCAAAAACAGGUCCUGGCCUCAAGUCAGAAGUGCCCCAGGCCCGCCGCUGACUGCUAACGAGCCUCCCCUGGACUGCGAAAGGAACCUUGCCGAGGGCCUGGAUGGAGCCCAAGACCCCGGGAAUGACGACUAUGAAGACCCCACGCUUCACGUGGCAGAGGCUUGGCAGCAGAUGAAAAUCCUGCCAGCCAGGCCUAUAAAGGAAUCUGAAUAUGCAGAUACGCGCUAUUUCACGGGCAUGGUGGACACGCCCCUUCCCUUGGGUGCUGAGGUGCCGGUCCCUGCGGAGGGGCAGAGGUGGGCCGCGCAGACCGGGCAGGAAGAGGUGGACAAACCCAUUUCCAAGAACAUCAGAGGCCAACCUGUUCAAGGAAACAAACCCACUAAGAGAAACAAGACUCCUUUACCACCUCCUCGGCUACCUGUUAUCACUCUUCCAAAGAAGUACCAGCCCUUGCCCCCCGAGCCCGAGCCCGAGGGCGGCCCGUCCCCCUUCCCCCAGAGGCACACCUUCCCGGACGUGCAGAGGGGACCCAGACAGAUAAGCUUAAAGAACUUAACUGAGCCACAAGCUGCUGACAAGGAGGCACAGGUCACCUCCUGCCACUUUGGCAAGAAGUCGCUGGUCCACCGUCCCGGAGAAGCUCUUGUUCCUCAUCACCUGAUGAAGCCCGAGGCCUCUGUCCAGGCACAACAUCAAAGUGCUCCUGCGAUCCCUCUUGCCGUCACCAGCUCUUCGUUCAUGAUGAGCAGCCACAGGGUGCAAAGCAGAGAUCAUAAAGAAAGCCUGCAGUCCCACCCGCCUCAGACAUGUCCGUCUCCGGCCAGCUUCGACCCUCGGGAGAAUUCUCACUAUAAAAACAUGAGCGAGAGAACACCUGGCCCCCCGAGGGCGGAUGGAGAGGACGCCCAGCCCCACGACUGGUACGUCGGGGAGUACAGCCGCCAAGCGGUGGAAGAGGCCUUGAUAAAGGAGGGCAAGGACGGCACUUUCCUGGUCCGAGACUGCUCGGGGAAGUCCUGCGCAGAGCCCUACGUGCUGGUGGUGUUUUACGGGAGCAAAGUCUACAACGUGAAAAUCCGCUUCCUGGAGAGGAAUCAGCAGUUUGCUCUGGGGACUGGACGCAGGGGAGAAGAGAAGUUUGAUUCGGUGGAAGACAUCAUCGAACACUACAAGUACUUCCCCAUUGUGCUCAUCGACGGGAAGGACAGAACCGGGACGCACAGGGAGCAAUGCUACCUGACUCGGCCGCUGCCUCUCGGCAGGCUCUUCUCGCCGCGGUAG